AUGGCGUAGCGACAUUGCUAACCGAAUCCUGAAGCUUAGCCCUCCCCUCAUUGUUUUACCGAAUAAGAGGAAGAUACAACACUACAUGUAAUAUUUGCUCACGGGAAACUGAAAGCGAAGAGCACAGACUCUAAUUGAGCUGUUUUGUUGUUGAACGAGGCAUUAAAAGCGAGUAAUGUAGGACGGAUGGUGUAACGUAAAAGUACUAGCAGCCUGCUAGCGCGUCAUAUAUGUGUUUGUAUGUGUGUAUGUGUGUGUGAACCUGGGACGCGCAGAGGCUUUUUUUUUUACUCAAUAACACUACGAAAGAAAAGUGCAAGCGAAUUUGCUCGGCUAAGCAAAUAUCAGAAGUCGCUGGCUUGGAUUUUGGCUCGUUUUAUGAGCAAGAAGAGAAGAGUGGAGCAGUAAACUUGACUCAGGAAUGACGGACAUCGGUGCAGUGUCGCCACAUUCAUAUAGGUCUGUUUGAGUGGAGCGGUGAGCUACUCAGUGCGUCGACGCUCGAACGGAAUGAUCCAGCAGGGUGACUAAGAGGAGGAAGAAGGGGGGAGAGGAUGGGUGUGAAUGCCUCCAGCUACCCUCACUCGUGCUCCCCUCGAUUCGGGGGUAACCCACAGACCCAGCAGACCUUCAUAGGCGCCUCCUAUGCACCACAGGGUUAUGGCGGCGAGUCCAAGCUCUACAGCCUAGAACAUGGCCCUGAAAAACCUCAGGACAAGAAGAAAAAGAGCUCCGGUUUGGCUACGCUCAAGAGGAGGUUCAUUAAGCGACGCAAGUCCAGUCGUUCGGCCGACCAUGCGCGACAGAUGCGCGAGCUCCUCUCGGGGUGGGAUGUGCGUGAUGUCAACGCCCUGGUGGAGGAGUAUGAGGGCACGGCGGCACUCAAAGAGCUCAGUCUACAGGGGGGUCUGGCCCGGCCCGAGGCUCGCACACUGCAGCGUGAUUUGGCCACCCUUUAUCAGCACAAGUACUGCACCGACGUGGACCUGAUCUUCCAGGAUUCCUGCUUCCCAGCACACCGUGCUGUUCUGGCCGCCCGCUGCCCGUUUUUCAAAACCCUGCUUUCGUCAUCACCGGGUUAUGGGGCUGAGGUGUUGUUGGAUGUUGGGACUGCGGGCAUGGAUGCGCCCAUGUUCUCCUCGUUGCUGCAUUACCUCUACACAGGUGAGCUGGGCUCGGAGGACGUGAGGUUGCAGAACGUGGAUGUGCUGGUGAGACUGAGCGAGGAGUUUGGUACGCCCAACACUUUAGAAGCCGACAUGCGAAACCUCUGUGAGCACAUGCCGUAUUUUGACUCGCUGCUGAGCUUUUCCUCGGACUCUGAGCUGGUGGAGGCCUUCGGAGCAGGUGGACCCUCUCCUAGCGGCAUGGGAAGUGGAAAUGCAGGGGUGAGCCACAGCUUGCCUGAUGAGGAGCUAAGGGCCCAUAAGGCAGUGCUCUCGGCGCGCUCACCCUUCUUCCGCAACCUUCUGCAAAGACGCAUCCGCUCGGGUGAGGAGAUCACUGAGCGCACUCUACAAACCCCCACCCGUAUUAUCCUCGACGAAUCCAUAAUUCCCAAGAAAUAUGCCAGAGUGGUCUUGCACUGCAUGUACACAGAUGCGGUUGACCUUUCGAUGGUGCUGCGCGGGAGCCCUUCCGAAGGCAGUCUUGGUGAAGUUCAGGCGCUGGUGGCUGGGAGAGGAUGUAUGAGCCGAGCCGAAGAGGCCAUGGAGCUCUACCACAUUGCCCUCUUCUUGGAGUUCAGCAUGCUUGCUCAAGGCUGUGAAGACAUUGUGGCAGACAGCAUCUCGCUAGACUCUGUGGUGGCCAUCCUGAAGUGGAGCUCACAGCCCUAUGGCUCCAAAUGGGUUCAUCGGCAGGCCAUGCACUUCCUGUGCGAGGAGUUCAGCCAGGUCAUGACCUCCGACGUCCUCUACGAGCUAAGCAAGGAGCACCUGCUGGCGGCCAUUCAGUCUGACUAUCUGCAGGCCAGUGAACAGGACAUCCUCAAGUAUGUUGUGAAGUGGGGCGAACACCAGCUCAUCAAGAGGAUGGCCGAUAGAGAGCCUAACCUGUUAAGUGGUACUGCACAUAGUGUGAAUAAACGUGGUGUGAAAAGAAGGGAUCUGGACCUGGAAGAGCUUAAAGAGAUUCUCUCUCUGCUGCUGCCUUUCGUCCGAACUGAGCACAUAUUACCCACCAACAGUGAGGUCCUCUCUGACACUAUGAAGAGGGGUCUGAUCAGCACCCCUCCCUCUGACAUGCUGCCCACAGCAGAGGGAGGCAAAGCCAACGCCUGGCUCCGGCAGAAGAGUGCUGGCAUUUAUGUCCGCCCACGGCUCUUCUCUCCUUAUGUGGAGGAGGCCAAGGCGGUUCUGGAGGAGAUGAUGGUUGAGCAGACCGAUCUGGUUAGGCUGCGCAUGGUUCGUAUGUCCAAUGUACCCGACACACUCUACAUGGUGAACAAUGCCGUCCCUCAGUGCUGUCACAUGAUCAACCACCAGCAAAUGGCUGGCAGCCAGACAGCUCCGCCGUCUGUGGUUGCUAAUGAGAUACCAGUGCCCAGGUUGGCAGUAGUGAAGGAAAUGAUCCGUAGGCUGCAGGAGCUGCGUCACACAGACCAGGUGCAGCGAGCGUAUGCUCUGAACUGUGGUGAGGGCGCAACAGUCAGUUACGAGCUGCAGAUCCGUGUGCUCCGAGAGUUUGGCCUACCUGACGGGGCUGCAGAACUCCUACAGAAUCCACACAAAUUCUUUCCUGAGGAGCGUUUCGGAGACGAGAGUCCCGUUCUGGCCUUGCGCCAGUCAGGUCGCUGCCGGGUCAACAGUACACCAGCUGUGGAGAGUAUGUUCACUGACCUGGAGGCUCUGGUGGGCUUCCACCCCCCUCUGCCCCCACCUCCUCCACCCUACCAUCCUCCGACCACCCCGGGCCAUGGCCAGCAGCAGUUUAAAGCAGGCUGGAGACCACGGGUCCCCAGCCAACCUCCCUCCAGAUCUUUCUCCUACCCCUGCAAUCAUGCACUCCUUCAUAGGCAGACCUCUACAAAAAUGGGCAGCCCAGUCUACCCACCAGGAGCCAAGCCCCUGCCCCCAGACUGCACUAACGCACAGGGGGGAAGGAAUCUUCAUCCUGACAAGCAAAUGAACAUGGAGCCUGUCAUCAACGAGUUCAUGCCAGACAUUGCCAUGGGUGUUUCGGCAAUGAGCCUAAAGGAACGGCGACUUCCGGAGGUCUCUAUGGAGGUGGAGAGUCACGAAGCCCACCCUCACAUUUCUACAGCUCCUCCCAUGUCCCACAGCUACUCCAGCCGUCACCUGCACUCCUCCCGCAAGCGGCAUGCAGCCGAACCCAAGCCCGAGGGCCCGCAGCCUGACUUCCCAGAUCUCUACGAAUUCCCGGGCCGCCACGUGCCUCCCUACUGUGGACCAGACCUCUACAUCCACGGCCGUCAGGCAGGCGGAGGGGCGCCGCCUCCGUCCUACUCAGAGGCUUCAGAAUCCCUCCGCCUGGAUGUGCUGGAACAGCCUCCACAGAGACUAGACUUGGCAAUUGUCUCGCAAGGGGGCGUUGCGCAAGCCGUGCUGAGGUCACGGCCCGUAAAUGAGACGGACCUCACCUGUGGCCUCGGCCCCUCCACAGAACAGUAUGAGGAAUGGCCCACAGGCCGCCGGCCUGCUCCAGAGGGAAUUGGGCUGGGCUUAGGUGCGAAUGUAGGGACUGGGGACGAGGGAGGGUUGGGGGCCCGAGACCGCAGGUCACCCAACAAACCCGACUACCCCUACAGGAAGUCUGCUCUCUGACCCCUGAUUAAAAAAGAGACUGAGGACUAAUUUAAAUGCUACGUGUAAGCAAACAGGUGAGGCACCAGCAGUCCUGCACUUUGUAUUCUUUCAAGGGACGACAGUAUCUUGAAGUGAUGAACGCCCAUAAGCUACGCGAGUGGCUGCUUUUCUGAUGGGAGAUGCUAAAGGGAGAUGUCACUUAAACCGCUCCAGAUAGGUUUGAAACCUAGUAUAGAUUUGAGGAGAGCUUGGUUUGGUUGUGUGCACCCUGAAAAGAGGUCAAAAUUGAUUUAGUCUGAUUCAUUAUGGUUCUCAUAUUUUCCUCACAUGCUGCAUAUUAAUGUACAGGUAUCACAGUAUAUUUUAUUUACUUUAAUUUCCUUGAACAUACUAGGAUGACUGGAGAAAAUAUAUAUUUAUCUAGAUGCACAGAUUUAGUUCCUUAGGAGUAAAUUUAAAAAAUAUGAAGGCAAUAAGUUGCAAACUCAUUACUUUGUCUAGUCCUUGAAAAACGGCUCCUCCUCCUUUUGAGGGCAGAGUGGCAGUAAUAGCUUGUGUAAUCCGCUGCAUUUGCCGGCUUUUACAUUAGCCUGGGCAAUUUAAGAGCCGAGAUGGAACAUAAAAGGGAAAACAAAUGAAAUCCCCUGUCUCCUAUGAGGCAACAUAUCAGGCAUAACAAUGGCACAGAUGCGCCAUUAAAUCAAAAUGUGAAUGGAGCUUUGUUUUACCGUGUUUCACAACUCAGAUCUGCAGAUUCAUUCUAGUGUAUUUAACUUAAAAAACUAUCUGUCCUCUCGAACAAAAAUUUGGCACCCACUUUUGCAUUCAGAUUCUCUUUCCAAGGCUGCGGUUGCUGGCAUUCCUGAGAGAUGGCAAAAGCGGGUUGAUCAUUAUCAGCCUCGUCCUCCAGAAAUGUACAGGAAUCUCAAUCAAACCAACCUCACGCCACAUCCUCAGUCCUCUAGUUUGGUGGGACAGCAGACCUUCAUUAGCUUUUCUGCGCUAGUUCUGUCAGCAGACGACCAAUAAUUAUGAUGUCAUGAACAGGCUUUGCAAAAAAGAAAAGAAAUCUUAGAAAGUGUCAUGUACACAAAGAUUUAGAGGAUUUACUUUUGAUUUGUUACACAACACUUUAAGAAACAAUAUCCCACACACUGCUACACACCCUAUCUAUAAAAGUGACUUACUUUAAGCUUUUUUUUUUUACCAUCUGAAAUACCUGUAUUCUGUACUCUAUAAUAACUGCAAUAGGCAGCCUUUUUUAUUUUAAAUACUCAUUUUGCUCUCUUCUCCCUACAAUAAAAAUAUUUCUCGAUUAUCAUACUGACACAAAUAUGCAGGCUAGUUCACCCAAAAAUGUAAUUUGUCACCAUUCAUGUUGUUCCAAAGCUGUAUG